AUUACCAAUAAUCACAAGCUGGUACAAGUUAUGGCUGCCAAGAGGAACUGUUAAACAUCGUCUCUAUCAUUUCACAGGCCUACGUAAUUCUAUCAAAAUGCCAGCACCCUACUAAAAAAAAACUUGGAAUUGCGUCACACCUAUAUUUGGAUAUAAAUUGGAUUUGUUGAUGAGGUUUUUAGGUCCCAGGGCCUUAAAACAUCAAGAUGCGGAUUUUAACGAUGGAGAACCUGCACCGUGUGCAGAGGGCAGCUGAGCAAGUUGCAAAAAAUGUAGCUGAGACAGUGACCCAAGCACCAGCAGAUGGCGCUGAUAGCGGUGUUACCACAUCAGGUGAUGAUAGCACUGCAAGCGCUCCUCAACAGACUAACUUCGACAAAUUAAAAGACAAAUUUAUGGAACAAUUUGAAAAAUUACCUAUUUGGGCUAUAAUAUUAAUAUGUGCUGGUGCGUUACUUAUACUUGUAUGUUGUACUUACUGUAUGUGUAAGAGAUGUUGUCGCAAGAGAAAAAAGAAAGAAGGAAAGAAAGGUUUAAAAGGAGCUGUUGAUCUCAAAAGUGUCCAAUUACUUGGAAAUGCUUACAAAGAAAAGGUGCAGCCUGAUUUAGAUGAACUCCAAGUUAAUAUGGAAGAUAACGAAGAUGCUGAAAGUACGAAAUCUGAAGUUAAACUUGGAAAAUUACAAUUUUCACUUGAUUAUGACUUCCAGAAAGCUGAGUUAUCAGUAGGUGUAAUACAGGCAGCUGAUCUACCUGGUAUGGAUAUGAGUGGUACCUCAGAUCCUUAUGUCAAGGUCUACCUUCUACCUGACAAAAAGAAAAAGUAUGAAACUAAGGUUCACAGAAAAACUCUCAAUCCAGUCUUCAAUGAAACCUUCACAUUCAAGGUCCCUUAUGCAGAGAUUGGUGCCAAGACACUAGUAUUUGCUGUGUAUGAUUUUGACAGAUUCUCUAAACAUGAUCAGAUCGGUCAGGUGAAGAUUCCAUUAAACAGCAUUGAUCUUGGUCGUGUUACAGAGGAAUGGCAGGAUCUAACCAGCCCUGAUAAUGAGGCCGAAAAGGUACUUGUAACUUAUUUUUGA